AUGAAAACUGUGCCCGCCAAGGUCUGGUCAGAGGCCAAGCUCUACGCGCCAUCCGUCACGUCGGAACUAUUACAAGCCCUAAUGAAGCACCAUGAGGCAAUAGAAAGCGAUGAGAAAUCCUCUCUGCUCCUGACCUGUAAUAACCAAGGCUCGGCGCUUGUCUCGUUCUACUGCGACGCAGUCGAUAAGCUUCCGGCUGUCUUCGAGCCAUUUGAGCAUAUCCCAGCAACUUCCCAGAGUCUACCCCGGGGUGUAUACUCUACGUACGAACUUUUGGGGGUGAUAGAAUAUCUUGCUGUUCCGGGACAUGUGUGUCACAAUUUCCGGACCAUGAGCAGCCAGCCAUCGCUGGAGGUAUAUGAAACUGCCGAGCGAGUCCGCGUAGAGCAAAGUGAUUUGCUAAGCGAUGUUGAAGGACUUAGGAUCAAUAACGUAAUCCAACCAAUGUCCUCAAUAGGCAUUAAACAAAGCCGGAAAGUCGGCGGAAACCCACUAGGACUGGAGGAGGUUGGCCAGCAGUGGUUUCUGGUGAUGGCCGAUUGGAAUAAUCCUGCCGAUGGAGACCGUGUACGCCAAGCUAUGCGUCACAUAGUAGACGCUGCUGAAGCGACUGCGAAAGCGAACGGGACGUAUAUUCCCUGCCAGUAUUGUAAUUAUGCUUCGCCGGAUCAGGAUCCGUUGGCAAGCUAUGGGGCUGAGAAUAUGGAGAGGCUGAAGGACAUUGCGUCUAAGUAUGAUCCUGAUGGGUGGGAUCUACUGAAUGAUCUUACCAUGGGUGUUGGAUCAUACGCGAUCUAA